UUGACACAUGAUUUAUUUGAAAUGUUUUUAUGAGCAAAAUCAAUGCAUAAUUAUUUGUAUUUCUCAGAAUGUCGAAGUCUGAUAUUGACAAAGGUAUAGUUUAUUGCAAUCGUGUGCUUGUAGGUAACUGGUAUGAAGCGGCGCAAUUGGAGGAGCACAAGAUACAUAAAUUCCUGGAGCAAAUGAAAAAUGGUGAAUUAUUAUUGGCAAGAUAUCGAACAAUGACAAAGAAUCUAAACGAGCCAACAAUUUUGACUCAGUCUACUGGAAGAAUAUGCUUCGGUGAUCGCAUAUCAUUGCUCGCACCGCACGUACCAGCGACAGAUCCACCGACUGAGGAUAAAAAGGGUCUGUUACUGGGGGGAAGAAUUUCAGCGAAUGAACUCGAAUAUUUUCAAGAUCUUGUCGAUGGUUGCUCUUUAGUGGGGCUCGUACAGACCGAGCCGGCAAAGAGAAACACUUUCGUUAUCACUAGUGCGGACUACUGCAAUCGUGAAGGCGAAACACUCAAAUACAACCAAGAAUUUUUGCUUACUCUCGCGUCGUCUUUAGACAAAAAGCCUCUUUAUGUUAGAUACGAUCCUAAUCCUAUACCGGGGUUAUGCGGCUUGUAUCCUCUUUACUUAAGCGAAAAUCCAGUAUCAAACACUCGCUGGCGGUUUUUACCUGUUCAGCGACCUAAUAUUACUAGAUUCGAACAAGAAGGACUUCCAGUUCAAGUUAAUAUAGAUAUUGUGGUAAACCAUUGCGCUACCAAUGUUAAUUUGGGAAUUAACGUUGGAAAAUGGGCUUUCGGAUUUCACGGAAAGAUUUGUACACCUUUAAUGAAGACAUGUUUAGACAUAUAUGGAAGGGAAUUACCCAACAAUAUUUGGCAAAUUUAUAUACCCAUUGCUGCAUAAUAUUGAAUAUUUAAAAUACAAUAAAUUACUGUUAAAUAACUUGAUUUUAUAUUAAAAAUCAACUGUACAAUAAGUGGAUAUGGGACAUAGUAACAAUUUGACGCAAAUAACCGGUGAAUAAGAUAUCAUGGAACGUAAAAUGUUGCCUUGUUUGUACACGACCUGAAACUAAAAAGGAUUUAUCAUUAAA